AUGACUCAAUACGUAGUUAUGUACCAGAGAACGCCUAUUCAAAAAUUGUUGGAUCGUGCACUGAUAGAUAAUCUAACAUUAAAUCUGACAUUAAAUACCGCAUCAGUUGACUUUCAUGAUAUAUCACAUUUUGAAUACUUUUUUUCUCGUGAUCUUUGUUUCGUUAACCAAGGGACAGAACUUUAUAAACCUAGAACCGAGUUAAUAAUAAGACCGGAAAAGCCAUUUUUACAAAACAAG